CUUUCCGUACGUGAAGUUUAGCCGCAAUGCUAGCAGUUUUGUUAUCCAUCACUAUCUCUUCCUCUUCAGCGCUGGGUGAUGUUAAGUGUUACACAAAGUCCUCAGUGAUGACAUCAAUCAGAAUUCAGAUAAGAAGACACCGGUUAGCUGGCCUACACUCAAAAUGAGUCCUCAUUUAGAUUUUGCAUUUAAGAUUGUGCACUGCUGACUUUCUGCUGAAGACAACAAUCAGAAAGCAAAAAAGUCUAUAUGUUUGUGACUGGGUUUGUAUGGGAAGUUUAGGACAUUCAGACAGGGGGGCCUGAAUGCUUAUUAGACGGCUGAGAACUAAAUCAGAUAGCUUCGAUGAUGGGUCCUGUUUUGGUUUGGCUCCAGGACGUGGCAGCUGUGACUCUGUUGAGGGCUCAGCGUACUCUGUUGCGGGCCGCCAUCUUCUUCUGUGUGUUAGUGCUGCUGCUUUGGGUGUCAAUCUUUUUGUAUGGCAGCUUCUACUACUCCUACAUGCCCACCGUGAGCUUUUCCACACCCGUGAAUUACCACUACAGAAGCGAUUGUGAGUCUGCCAGCUCUGUUCUCUGUUCCUUCCCAGUGGCGAAUGUCUCUCUCCUAAAAAAUGGCAAAGAGCAGGUGCUGAUGUACGGUCAGCCUUAUCGGGUAUCACUUGAGCUGGAGAUGCCGGAAUCGCCUGUCAACGAGCAGCUUGGCAUGUUCUUGGUCAAAAUGUCCUGCUACACCAAAGAAGGAAAAACCAUGUCCACCGUGACACGCUCUGCCAUGCUGCAUUAUCGUUCCAGUCUUCUGCAGACCCUCAGCACCUUGGUGUUCUCCCCAGUGCUGCUCUCAGGUUUGUCAGAGCAGAAGCAGCUUAUAGAGGUGGAGCUCUUCUCAGACUAUAAGUCGGACUCUUAUCACCCCACUAUUGGGGCUGUAAUAGAGAUUCAGUCUCGGCAUGUGCAGAUCUACUCUGCCCAGCUUAGGAUCCACGCCCACUUCACUGGAAUCAGAUACCUCUUGUAUAAUUUCCCACUAACCUCUGCAGUCCUAGGAGUUGCCAGUAACUUCACGUUCCUCAGUGUGAUUAUGCUCUUCAGUUACCUGCAGUUUAUUUGGGGAGGAUUGUGGCCCCCAGAGCAGGUUAGAGUCAAGGUAAUGAUGGGAGACACAACACGUCUACAAAAGAGAAAAGAUGAAGCUAGGAGACGCAUGCACACCACCGCUAGCGCACCAAAUCUGAAGUAUGAGAAGGGCCAGGAUGCACCUUCAGACCAACCAGCAGAGGCUGAGAAAACUAAAGGUGAUCUAGACACACUUGGUGCGAUUAAUUUUCUUGGUGAACCUUCACUAAAUGAAGAGAAUGAUCUUAAUGUUCCACAUCCCCCAGAGAUCAACACGAGUGACGACACUGAGCUUGAAAUGAAAACUACGGAGGACACAAGCUUACGGCAGAGACACGGGCCCUGGAUGCGCCUGUGAGUCCCCUUUUAGGAAAACAUUUCCGGAUCACGACUGAUUUAAUGUGUGCACCAGUGGAAGUGUCGCUGUUGUAUGCUUGUUGUACAGGUACCUCACUGAGCUUUCUCAUUCCCCUCAGCUCUCCAGCUGUGCCUGAUGCUCACACUCUGAGUAGCCUUUCACAGUAAUGUUAAUGCAAACCUCAGAUGUAUUUAUUUUUAGCCAUCGCUUAUUGUUGUUUGCUUUAAGUACACUCCUUUGCUCCUACUGUAUGUGCAUUUAUUUCACUUGUAAUGAAAGUUUUAACUGCAGAUUCUACUCACAAAUUGUUUUUAUAGACUUUAAAUCCUGCUUUGAGGUCAGGGUUAAACAGAGUCUUGUGUUACAUUAUUUUAUAGCUUUAGGUUAUUGGUUUAUAUAGGUCAAAAAUAAUGUAUUGUGUGCGCAUGCAACACCACUGCUAGAAAACAAACACAGUUUUUGGAUUAUAUAUAUAUUAUAUAAUUUAUUAUAUAUUUCAGAUAUGUCAAAUACAGAUAUAAAAAAGUCAACAAACUUAAUAAAAAAAAAAACCUGUUAGUAAAAUGUUACUGUUGACACCAUGGACCAUUCGGUACUGUGGGUAAUAAGUUUUCCUUAAGAACAUAAUACAUGAUUUAGGUAGUCUAUAAAACACUUAAAGAACGCUAUACUAUGACAAGUGUAUCAAGUGUUCAAGAAUGUUAGAAAUGUACACUGCCCGGCCAAAAAAAAAAGUCACCAUUUGUAGAAUUGUCAAAUUAUUGAGCUGCAUCAAGCAAAGAGAACAACUUAAGUGGUUUGAUGUUACUGGACUGGUUUUACCCACAAAUGUAAUAACCUGGUCAUUCAUGUUGUUAGCUGACUUUUGUUUAUUGCUGAGCGUAGACUUGACCUUCUGAAGCAACCUCAGAUCAUAACAUUGCCUUUAAAGGCUUGUACAGUGGCCACUAGGGGUGCAACACAGAAUUCGCUUUCCUUUUUUUUUGUGGAUUUUUCCCAGAUUUUCCCCCUAAUUUAGUUGCAUCCAAUUCCGACCCAUCACUAGUUGGCUCCCACAUCAAGACUAUUACUACUACCAAUCAGAGAUGGCCAAAGACAAUUGUGUCCCCCAAACUUUUUUUCACCGUAAUCAAAGCUAAAGGCACUCAAUGAAAUCUUGAAGUGUGCAAUUUUUCCUUUGGCUGGGCAGUGUAUGUGGUGACCUGGAAAAACAUGACCAUGUGGUCUGUAUUCAGUUUUAUAUCACAUGACUUAUUUUUAAAUGUAGUAAAUUUUAUUGGCUUGGUAUGAAACAAGUGUUGACAUGUAUAGUAUUUUGUUUUUAUUUUAUUUAUUUAAUAAAAUAUUGUUUCAUUGUACUGCA